GUAACAUAAACUCCUUUAGUCACACUCCAACAAUCGAGUAUAAGUGUACUAUUACUAUAUAUGUCUUCCCAGAAUCCAUGGCCUCCGUUAUCAUAUCCAACUGUGUCGACGAAGAAACAAGCCUUCCCAUUCGGCCAUUAACCUUCGUAAACCUCCACAAGUGGCCGGAAUCCGACGUAGAGUUCGUGAAGAGGGUGAACUCCUUCAACAAUGGCGAGGAGCGAAGAGUAAACAGCCACCUCUUGUGCAGGCAAAUGUAUCUGAGGAGCUACAAGUUUUCGAGGGAGAAGAAGGGUGUGACUCACAAGGCCAUUAAGCGUCUUAGAACUCUAAAGGAGAGUGUGGUUCGCGCCACAAAUAAUGCUGCGCCAUCAACCAAUUUUAUUAAGCCUAAUUAUUAUAAGGUUCUCAUCACUGCUAAUGCUGCCUUCUUCUCAACCCUUCACAAGCUUAUGUCUUGCUUUUCAUCAUGUCGCUCCCCAUAGCUUUCCUGUCUUCAAUUACUUGGUUCUAUGUAUUGGUUUAUAUACUCUGUCUGCUUCUAUUUGAUUAAUGGCAUAUCACCGAUUAAAUUCAAUAGCCUUGCUUAAUACUUUAAUCUAUGAAGCUUGUAAUACAUGAAAACUUUAUGUUAAAUAUAGUUUUGAGAGAUUAUGAGAAAAUAAAACUGCAUUUUAUUUUGUCAGAAAAUAUAAUUUUAACUCAAUUAUAAGUGCUUCCUCUAAUAAUAUCCUAAUUCCUCCUGUACGGAAGUGCUUUGUCAACAUUUCAUCUGUUAUAUCAUGUAGCUGUUUGAGAGACUUGCAUAGUGUGUACCUGUCUAUUAAAGUAUACUAGU